UUGUGGAAUACCUAUGUGGGACAUGAGCCCAGCGCAUAAAACUGGCCCGUUGUCCGGCGUCUCGCCAGCUCAAAGUGCCACGACUCAAAUUGAAAUAAAUAGGAAUCCCAGACUGAGAAAGAAAAUUUGCGGAAAUAGCAGCAUAUUUAUCGCCAGAUUGAAGGAAAUUCCACAACAAAAACCCGAACUUCUUCAACCGCCUCCAAAAGUGGUGUAGUUACAUCAGCAGAUAUAUAUAAAAAAAGAAGGACAGCUAACCUGUCAUAGUGGUCAUCAUGGAUCUAUAUGACCCUCAGACGCUAGGCAUCAUGGUAUUUGGAGGCUUCAUGGUCAUCUCAGCCCUUGGUAUCGUUCUGGUCUCCACCUUCUCCAUGAAGGAGACCUCCUAUGAGGAGGCCUUGGCCAAGCAGCGCAGAGAGCAGGGUAAGACGGCGCCGGCGGGACAGCUGACCAAGAAGGACAAGAAGAAGGAGAAGGCAUCUGAGAAGAAGAACCGGGGUAAGAAGGAGCACAAGCCCAAUGGGAAGCUUCCAGAACUAGACCUAGAGGAUAUCACAGUGGCCGAGCCUGAACUAGCCCCAGAACCAGUUUCUGCCCCCAAACCUGCCCCUAAGCCUACCUUUACCCCUGCUCCUGAACCAACCCCUGCUCCCAAACCUGCCCCUGAACCUACCUUUACCCCUGCUCCUGAACCAACCCCUGCUCCAGCUCCCCCUGCUGUAGAGGCCUUCCCUGCUCCAAAGAAGAAGAAAGAGAAGAAGAUGAUGGCUAAGGUUGAGCCAGCCCUGGCUGCCCCAGCCCCCAUGGCCCCCUCCAAGCCUGCCCCUGCCUCCUCGGCCUCCUCCAAGCCUGCCCCUGCCUCCCGGCCCCCUCCAACCGCCCCUGCCUCCCCAGCCCCCACUGCCCCCUCCAAGCCUGCCCCUGCCGCAGCAGCCCCGAUGGCCCCCUCCAAGCCUGCCCCAGUCCUGGAGACUGUCACCAAGGAGGUCCCUGUGAUGGCAGUGCCCCCGGUGGGCUCCCAGAGGACUGCAGCCAAGGCUCAGGAGACCAAGGCACAUGACCUUUCCAAGAAGAAGGCGUCCUCCAAGAAGAAGACUGAGUCUGUGUUGGACUCUGGUUUGGAUUCCCCCCUAUUCCUGCCCUACAAGGCCCUGGUCUCUACCGUUAGCAGUAUGGUCUUCAGUCAGGGAGAGGCCCAGCGCCUCCUAGAGAUCCUCUCUGACAAGGCUGGCAUCAGACAAGACACCUGGCACGUGGCUACUCAGAAGGGCGACCCAGUGGCUGUGAUGAAGAAACAGUUGGAGGAGAAUCAGAAACAGCUCGCUACUCAGCAGGAGGAUGCGUCUGCAGCCAAAAACAGACUCCGGGAACUCAGCAGGGAGCUCUCUGCUGAGAAGUCCAAGGUAGCCAGUGUGGAGACCAGGCUGAGUUCCCAGCUCUCAUCCAGGGAGCAGGAGAUGAUCGCCCUCCAGGCUCGUAUGCAGGCCUCCUACCAGGACCACGUAGCCCAGACACAGACACUCAACGCCAAGGUCCUCAGUCUUCAGGAGCAGUUGGAGUCUGGUCCCACGGCCCAACUGGCUCGUCUGCAGCAGGAGAACUCUAUUCUCAGAGACGCCCUGAACCAGGCCACAAGCCAGGCGGAGAGCAAACAGAAUGCAGAGCUGGCCAAGCUGAGACAGGAUUGUGCCAAACUGACCAAGGAGCUGGGGGAGAAGAGUGUGAGCCUCCAGACUGAUGAGGUCAUCAGGACUGGACUGGAGGCUAAGGUGUCUUCUGUAGAGAAACAAUUGUCUUCACUACAGGCCAGUCAUGCUGAGAGUGAACAGGAGCUGCAGAGGAGGCUGGAGGACGUCAGUGAGGAGCUGAGGAGUUCUCAGAGGACCCUGGAGAAAGCCCAGCAGGAUGCUACCACCCUUUCAGAUCUCCAGGUCCAUCUGGACAGUGUAGAGGAUGAUCUGAAGGAACGUGGGGCCCAGCUGGAGGCCCUCACAGCCCAGCUGGAGCAGACUGAGCUGGAGAAGGGACAGCUGGAGGAGCAGGUGGGAUCCAUUAACGUACUUCUCGAGGCCAGCCAGAACAGAGACGAGAAUGAGGACUUGGAGGAUAACUCCACUGAGUUGGAACGGCUAAAGAUCAGUCUUCAAGACCGAGACGUUAGGCUGGCGUCACUCCAAGAGGAGCUGAAGCAGCUCAAAGAAAUGAAACAGGAGGCAGCUAUGACUGUCGAGGUCACUACAGCUGAGACCGAGCAGGCACCAAACAGUGAGGACAGACGCCUGGUGGUGUCCCUUCAGGAAGAACUGAAACAGCUUAAAGAAGAGAUGGAACAACUACUAAACUCUCCUGUAGCGCCCCAAAGUUUUGCGCUAAAAUCGGCUGAUGUCUCAGGAGAGUCUGAUCAGCUACUCAAUGGUCUGGAGAAGAGUGAGAGCCAGGAAGUAACACUAGAAGAGGAAGGGAUUCAACUCAAAGAACAAUCUGAACAGGCCCAGAGCAGCACCACUCAGUCGGACAACACAGCAGAACUGGCCGCGCUACAAACCAGUCUGGCAGAGAGAGAAGCUGUGAUGAAAUCACUACGAGAGGAGCUAAGGGAAGCCAGGGACCAAUCACAGAAGGUACAGGAGAUCCUCGCUCAGGUCCAGCAGAGCCAAGAGUCCCAGCUGAGCACAGAGCUGCCGGAGCUGUUGGAGAAACUGAAGGAGGCAGAGCACAGCCACGGGACACUGCAGGCACAGUGUGACCAGUACAGGACAGUCCUGGCUGAAACGGAAGGAAUGCUGACGAACCUUCAGAAGAGUGUUGAGGGGGAGGAGCUGGUGUGGAAGUCCAAGAUGGCCGACUCUGAGGACCAGUUGAAGAAGGCCCUGGAACAAGUGCAUACUCUGGAGGAGACUUCAGAGAGCUUGAAGACAGGAAACCAAAGCAUAGAACAGCGGAGCACGCUCAGAGCCAGAAGGCGGUCCCUGAGGCCGGGGCACAGAAUGGACGGACAAUCGGAGCCUGAGGUCCAGUCCCUGUUGAGUCAAACCACGGAGGAGUUUGAACAGGCUCAGAAGACUGUGGAACCCCAGGCCCAGAAGACUGUGGAACCCCAGGCCCAGAAGACUGUGGAACCCCAGGCCCAGAAGACUGUGGAACCCCAGGCUCAGAAGACUGUGGAACCCCAGGCCCAGAAGACUGUGGAACCCCAGGCUCAGAAGACUGUGGAACCCCAGGCCCAGAAGACUGUGGAACCCCAGGCUCAGAAGACUGUGGAACCCCAGGCUCAGCUGGACAUUCUGAAAGAGGCAGGAGACUCCCCACAGGCUGACACAGAGGACGUAGCCCAGCUAAAGGAAGAGAGUUCAGGACUGAAGGAAGGAACAUCUGUGUAA